UCCCUUCUAUCGCCUAGAGGCCAACUACACAUUUUGGCUGCAAAAAAUAUGUACAUCGUGUUUGUCCUUCGUAUAGUCAUCAAAUCUAGUCCAGUUACACAUUUCCACCAUAAAGAAUUCUGUAACCCGUGAUUUACCACCGCAUAGUCAUUGAAAUCUUACCCGGGCUGCGGUGAGAAUGGUCGUGGGCCGGAGAUCGGAUGUAAUAUAAAACCCUCCGAACGGGUGGAUAGCGCUCCCGAACCACCUUAUGCUCGAUUCUGAUUGGCUUGCAAAUAUUCUCAGCAGUCCAAGGAUUUGCAGACACUUGGUUGAUCAGUUGUCCCUUUGGUAAGAUCCAGUCAAGCUAAACUGGCAAGGCGACGUUAUUCAGUCAGUCACGAAGUAACAGUCAUUCAUCACGAUGCUCAGCACAAUUUUAUUAGUCAUUGCGAGUAUCCUACUCUUCUUCUACUUUUCCUAUCGAUGGGCAUUACCCAGACCUAUACCAGGGAUUCCGUACAAUGCCUCGUCUGCAGGCAAGGUGCUUGGCGAUGUGCCGGACCUCCUCAACGAGCUCGCCUUGACCGGCGAUAUGGUGCAAUGGCUCUUGAAGCAGAACUUGAAGACCCAGUCACCGAUCAGUCAAAUCUUUGUGCAGCCACUGGGGAAACCAUAUGUGCUGGUGAGCGAUUGGCGCGCUGCGCGAGAUGUCAUGAUGCAUCGGUCCAAAGAAUUCGACCGAUCGAGUCUAAUCACCAAUCUUUUCGAGGGCCUGCUUCGAAGGCAGCAGUUCACGCUGCAAACCGGCGCAGAGUGGAGGGCGCAUCGAUUCUUGGUGCAGGAUACCAUGACCCCUGCGUUCUUGAACAAGAUGUGCGCACCGGCAAUUUAUGCCCGCAGUCUGGAUAUGGUGAAGCUGUGGACGAUCAAGGAAAGACUUGCGGGCGGAAGACCAUUUAGAGCAACCGACGACAUCUUCCAUGCAACCUUCGACGCCGUCAACAGCUUUUCCUUUGGCGAGCAGUUCCAGCACAGUUCGACGCGGCCACAUAUCGAAUUACUCGAGAAGGAAGAACCAGAGCGCAUCCAGGAGGGCCAGGAUAUCAAUGCCCCGGUUGAAUUCCCCAAGGCCCAUAUCGACCCAUCCCUCGAUGCCAUGCUCGAACUGUCCGAGAUAAUGGAAGCUGUCAAAAACGCCCCUUCGCCCUCCCUGCAAUGGCGCUGGACUAAACUCACGCGUUCGUUCCGCCAGCACACGGCGUUGAAGGAUGCAUGCCUCCGGACGGAGAUCUCCAAAGCCGUGCUCCGGGCCCAGCGGCGCGACGAGCGCGGAACACCAGCAGGACACGAGGAAAAGGUGGAGGAACCCAGCACGAGCACCAUCCGCUCUGGUAUCGAUGUUAUCAUCGAUCGUGAAACACGCGUCGCAGCCAAGGAACAGAGAGCGCCGGACUACACCUCCCAGCCCAUCAUGGACGAGCUCUUCGGUUUUGUAGUCGCCGGCCAUGAUACCAUGUCCACGACUCUCUGCUGGGCUGUGAAGUUCCUUGCUGACAAUCCCGGCACCCAGACCAAGCUACGCCAAGCACUUCGUGUCGCUCAUGCAGCGGCAGUGAAUGAGUCUCGCGCACCGGCGGCAGAGGAAAUUGCCAGCGCCAGGAUUCCGUACCUGGAAGCAGUCAUGGAAGAAGUGCUCCGGUGCGGCUUGACUGUCCCAAUCGGCGAUCGGGAGGUGGUCGCGGAGAGCGGAGCUGACCUCCUCGGUUAUCGUAUCCCAAAAGGCGUGAUUGUUUUCUUCUUGCACAACGGUCCGGGUAUGCGCAUUCCGGAAUCCGACGCAAACAUUGCAAAGUACGGCACCGAAGCUGGCGCUCUACACGGUGGUAAAAAAGGAGGCAUUGCUCCAUGGAGCGAUGAUGAUAUAACAAACUUCAAGCCAGAGCGGUGGUUAUCGGACGAUGGUAGCUUUGACGCACAAGCAGGGCCAAGCAUGCCUUUUGGGCUGGGCAUACGCGCCUGUUUCGGAAAGAGAUUGGCAUAUUUGGAGUUUCGAAUUUUGUUGACGAUGAUGAUGUGGCAUUUCAGCUUAGGACCGUGUCCGGAGGAGUUGAGUGGAUAUGCAGGGCAGUUGGCGGUGGUACAUAAGCCUAGAGUGUGUUAUGUCAGGCUGGAGAGUAUCACGAAGUGAGCGAUCGGUUCAAAGAUCAUCUCUCAUCAUGUCGAGUCAGAUUCAUCCGUUAGAAAAUCGUUUCGUUCGUGAGCUUCAUUCUUAUAUACCCACGAUAUCAUCAUGUCUCAUUAGUAUGACAAGUCUAGGUACUUUGCACCGUCAAAGGUCUUCUUGCCUCCAUCACUCUUCCAGAUCUCGACUUCACAUCCACCCAUCAGGACACCCACACGCAUUGUAGCAAGCAGGUUGUGAGCGGCAUUACUGUGAUCGUAGAUACCUUUGUUGAACAGAGCCGUAGCGUCUUUGCCAAUGGCACUCUUGAUCAAUGCUUGGCCGCCAGGAUGCUCAUUGAUGAAGCUCGAGA